GGAGCGGUUAUAGUCUGGUAGGAAGAAGUAGUGCAUUUCUCGUCGGAAGAAAGAAAUGAAAGAAAGAGAGGAGAUGAAGGAGGAAGAAACAGAUACAACAGGCGCUGCUGCUGCUGAGUCGAGACGAGUCGGGACUGAGUCGGAGGACCGAGUCAAGGGGCCAUGGUCUCCGGAAGAGGAUGCGAUCCUCAGUCGACUCGUUGGUAAGUUCGGGGCGCGGAAUUGGAGCCUCAUCGCCCGAGGUAUCGCCGGCCGCUCUGGCAAGUCAUGCCGCCUCCGUUGGUGCAAUCAGCUCGAUCCUUCCGUCAAACGCAAGCCUUUCUCCGACGAAGAGGACCGGAUUAUAAUUACUGCCCAUGCAGUCCAUGGAAACAAAUGGGCCGUGAUUGCAAGACUACUAGAAGGGAGGACGGACAAUGCCAUAAAGAACCACUGGAAUUCCACUCUGAGGCGGAGGUGCAUUGAAAUUGACAGGUCGACGGCCACAUCUUGUAAUGUGUUGGAAGAUCACAGCAUAGAGAAAACCAAAGGAUCUUCAGAUGAAACUCUGUCGAAUGGGGAUGGCAAUUCCUUCAAGUCCUUGGAAGGAAAAGAUGUUGUUAGCUCCCUGGAGAACACAUCUGACCGCUCUGAAGACAAGGUUUGGAUGGAAGAUGAUCAUCCCAGGAUGGAAGCAAGAGAUCCACCUACCCUCGUUCGGCCAAUGGCAAGAGUAAGUGCAUUUAGCCCAUACAAUCGAACAGAUGGAGCAAACUUCUCUAUAUUGUCAAGACCCAGUCCAAUCCAUGGGCCUUUGAUCCAAGCCUCCAAACCUAAUGUUGGCACCUGCAAAUCAGACAGUGUUUACAGUGAGACCCAGGUGCCAUCCCGAUGUGGGCAUGGUUGCUGUGGUGGGACCAAAACCGGGGGCCAUUCUCGAAGGUCUUUGUUGGGGCCAGAGUUUGUUGAGUUUGUGGGGCCUCCGCCCAUCUCAAAUCAUGAGCUGGCCUCAAUAGUCACAGAUUUAGGUAAUAUUGCUUGGCUCAAGAGUGGUUUGGAAAUAAUGGCACCAUGGCACAGAUGACAAGGGCCUCAGCGACAACCGGCAUAUAAAGGCAACACUGGCAGUGAUCAUUUACAAUUCGAAGAUGGCAGAAACCCGUUAGUUUGCAUGAUGACAGAAGUGAUGUCGACUCAGAUGGUCCACCAGCCAUCUAGGCUACCAUCUAAACUCGAAGGAUUGAUUUGAGCAUCUGGAGAGGCACUCAAAUCAUAGAGACUUGCUGUGUUUUUUUAUGGAAACCAGAAAUACUUGUGUUGAAGAUGAAACAUCCCUGAGUUGCAGUGGGAUCGGCAGAGAUUGACUUUGCAUGGAGAGGAUUGGUGGCGCCUGUACUGAAUUCGCUAAUGAAGCGAUUUCUUUGGUAGGUGGAGGACCAAGGUCAGGAUUUUUCUAGAUUACUAUUUUAUUUUUCAUUUCAAGAAAUCUGUGGAUCUAAAAACUUUCUAUUGCUCUUCGGUACCCAUUGUGCAAGUCUUGAGAUAUAUUUCCUGGA